AUGAAUUUCUUGUCUUGCGCAGCGUGCAGAAACUGGAGACCGUCGUUUUUCCACCUGCUGUGGUUUCUCACCCUGGGCAACAGCGUUCUUAUGAAUGCUGGUGAUGACAGUGCCGAAUGUGAUCAAGGCGCAUCUAUUCUGCUACGGUCUCUCAAUUUACCUCAAAACACAGAAUAUGAGAUUGUAUCUCCAUAUGAGGUCGACCACCAAGGCGUUUACGUCUCUCAUGAAAUUGCCCACCACCAGCGCAAAAGGCGGCGCAGAUCCCUCGCUUCAGACGCAAACUCAUCUGCCACUGAAAGCAUCAGCGAAACAGUCCACUUCCGACUCAGAGGCUUGGGGCAGGACUUCCACAUGGAGCUGAGGGACGCCUCGGAAAGCCUGAUUGCACCUGGCUUCACCAUCCAGGUCCUGGGAAAGAAUGGCACCAAGAGCCUGAGGGCCUACCAUCAGGAUGACCUCUGCUUUUAUCAAGGGUCACUGAGGUCAAGGGUCAACUCCUCUGUGGCACUAUCCACAUGCAUGGGAAUGUCAGGUUUGAUCCAAACACAGGAUGCAGAAUAUUUCUUGAGACCCGUGUCACACGGCUUGGCGCAGAUGGAGAACUUCACAGCGCCCUUCGGUCAUCAGCCACACAUCCUCUAUAAGAGAGAAAGGGACUCCCAAACACAGCGGGGACUGCAAAAACAGCAUGACAACAAUAACAACAACACUCAAGCUGACCCGAUGAAACAUCAUGGAAGUGGCCAUCAGCACAAUGACCAUCGCCAUGACAGCGACUACAGACAUGGGGAGAAGCAGAAGCAACACUUCUGUGGGAGAAGGAAGAAAUACAUGCCGAAACCUCCAGAAGAGGAUAUUUUUAUCCUUCCAGAUGAAUACAAGUUUAUCCCAAGGAAUAAAAGGGCAGUGCUGAUGAAGAACAAGGCCAGCCAGGGACUCAAUGUGGAGACACUUGUGGUGGUGGACAGAAAGAUGAUGGACAACCAUGGCCAUGAGAACAUAACUACAUAUGUUCUUACUGUGCUUAACAUGGUCUCAAGUCUGUUCAAAGAUGGCACAAUAGGGGGAAAUAUCAACAUAGUGAUUGUGGGUCUCGUCCUCCUGGAUGAAGAACAGAAUGGCUUAGUAAUCAACCACCAUGCAGACCACACACUGAACAGCUUUUGCCACUGGCAGUCCACCCUGGGAGGUAGAGAAGGCCGGCACCAUGACCACGCCAUCCUCCUCACGGGACUCGACAUCUGCUCUUGGAAGAAUGAACCCUGUGAUACUCUUGGGUUUGCGCCAAUUAGCGGGAUGUGUAGCAAAUACCGUAGCUGUACCAUUAAUGAGGACACUGGCCUGGGUUUGGCAUUCACCAUCGCCCAUGAAUCAGGACACAAUUUUGGAAUGGUCCAUGAUGGUGAAGGGAAUGUUUGUAAAAAGUCAGAAGGCAACAUCAUGUCUCCCACAUUAGCUGGUCACAACGGUGUCUUCUCCUGGUCUGCUUGCAGCCGUCAGUACCUCAGCCGCUUCCUCAAUUCUGCCCAGGCUUUGUGCCUAUCAGAUGAACCAAGAGCAAUCACAGAGUAUCAAUACCCUGAGAAGCUGCCUGGCGAGCUGUACGAUGCAGACACACAAUGCAAAUGGCAGUUUGGGGAGAAGGCCAAACUCUGCACCCUUGAUUUUAAGAAGGAUAUCUGCAAGGCUCUGUGGUGCCACCGUGUUGGGAGGAAGUGUGAGACCAAAUUCAUGCCACCUGCUGAGGGCUCUGCUUGUGGCCCCGAUAUGUGGUGUCGUCGGGGCCAGUGUGUGAAACAGGGUGAUGAGGGUCCAAGGCCUCAGCAUGGCCACUGGUCAGAGUGGUCCUCCUGGUCUACAUGCUCUAGAAGCUGUGAGAGCGGCGUUACAUAUCGUGAGAGGCAAUGCAGCAACCCCAGACCGGCAUAUGGAGGGAAGUUCUGUGAGGGUUCCUCCAGGUCAUACAAACUUUGCAAUACUGAAGACUGUCCCAGGAACACCAUUGACUAUAGAGCACAACAGUGUGCUGAGUUCAACGGCAAACAGUUCAGAGGCUGGUACUACACUUGGAGACCAUACACUAGAGUGGAUGAUCAAGAUCUAUGCAAGCUCUACUGCUUUGCUGAAGGUUAUGAUUUCUUUUUUGCCUUGGCCAGCAAAGUUAAGGAUGGGACACUCUGCUCACCAGACAGCUCUAAUGUCUGUAUUGAUGGACUGUGUGAGAGAGUUGGCUGUGACCGUGUUUUAGGCUCCACAGCUGUGCCUGAUGCUUGUGGGGUGUGUAAAGGAGACAACUCCACCUGCAAGAUUUACAAAGGACAGUACACAAAACAGCAUUUUACUAACCAGUACUAUGCAGUGAUAACCAUCCCAGCUGGAGCUCGGAGCAUCCGUGUGAUUGAACUGAAUUCCUCCACCUCCUACUUGGCUGUCAGGGACACACAUAGACGCUACUACCUUAAUGGCCACUGGACCGUGGACUGGCCUGGCCGACACCCCAUUGCUGGAGCAAUUUUCGAGUACAAAAGACCAUAUAACAGACCAGAGAGUCUCAUAUCAGCCGGUCCCACCAAUGAGACUCUAGUAAUAGAGGUGCUGUUGCAGGGCUGGAAUCCUGGUGUGCAUUGGGAGUAUACUCUAAAGAAAGCUGAUGAGAAACUGAUGAAGAACCGCAUCAAGCACAAUUAUACAUGGGCUAUCAUACGCUCCCAGUGCUCAGCCACUUGUGCUGGAGGCCAAAUGAACACCAAGUCAGCAUGCUACAAAGACUUGAAAGUGCAGGUGAAUGUGUCGUACUGCAAUCCCAGAUCAAGACCAGCUACUGGAUUGAUGCCCUGCAACACCCAACCGUGUCCUCCCAGCUGGUCUGUAGGAGAGUGGGGGGUGUGCAGCCGAAGCUGUGGAGGAGGGGAGCAGACUCGGCAGGUCCAGUGUGUCCAGAGAACCAGCCAGACUGAUGUGGACACCCUGGCUGACUCUCGUUGUGCCCAGCCGUCCCCGGUCAGGAAGCAGACCUGCAACACACACAGCUGUCCACCGGUUUGGACAACUGGGUCGUGGUCACAGUGCUCGCGUAAGUGUGGCAAUGGUUUGAAGAAGAGGACUGUGCUGUGUGUGAGCUCUAACCCGGGUGCCCAGGCACACACGCUGCCCAACAGCAAGUGCGCAGGCCUGCCAAAACCUGCUGGUCAGGAUUCCUGCUUCAUCAGACGCUGCCAGAAACAACGCAAGGUCCAGUGGUUUGUCUCCACAUGGCAAGAGUGUUCAGUAACAUGUGGUCGCGGCUAUCAGGCACGCUUCAUCAAGUGUGCAGAGAAGGACACUGCAGGAAAAUACAGAGAGCUUGCUCCCAAGAAGUGCCACCAUGUUCCCAAACCCAUAGUAGAGCUUCAGAAGCCCUGCAUCCUGGCUGAAUGCCCUGUCCGCACAACGCAAUCAGUGCACCACCAAUGGAAGACGCAUCAUCGGAGCUAUCCAGCCCACCCUCCACCUCGGCCAGAAUGGCGCUCGUCUCCUUGGUCUCAGUGCACGGUGACAUGUGGAGGAGGAGUGCAGGCCAGGGCAGUCCAGUGUCUGGCGGAAGAGAAACCUUCCACCGGCUGUGCCCUCCAUCUCAAACCUGCAGUGUCCCAGGCCUGCAAUACCAACUUCUGUCCACAACCUGAGAAGAAAGAACUUGCAUGUCAGGAUUACUUCAGCUGGUGUUACCUGGUGCCCCAACAUGGAGUCUGCAACCACAAGUUCUAUGGCAAGCAGUGCUGCCAGUCAUGUUCAAAUUCAAACCUAUAA